AUGAUGAAGCAACCAUAUUCAGCAACCAUUUUCUCUGCAUUCCUGCUGAUCAUAUUCUUAAACAUGAGCGCCGCCGCAGUGGAUCCAGCAGCGGCGGUGAUGGAGGUCUACAUGCACGACAUCCUGGGCGGCAGCAACCCGACCGCCCGGCCCGUAACGGGCUUGUUGGGCAACAUAUACAGCGGUCAAGUCCCCUUUGCUCGACCCCUCGGCUUCCUCCCGCCUAAAGACGGUGUAGCCAUUCCCAACGCCAACGGCGCCAUCCCAACCCUCAACCCCAACGGCAUCCCACUAGGCACCGGCCUCAUCGGCACAGCCUUCACCGGCAACAGCAACAACAACAAUGGCAAGACAGUCCAGUUAGGCCCCGAUGGGCUGGGGCUCGGGUUUGGCACAAUCACUGUCAUCGAUGACUACCUGACUGCUGCGCCGGAGCUGGGCUCCCAGCAGCUGGGGAGGGCGCAGGGGGUCUACGUGGCGAGCUCCGCGGACGGGUUGACGCAGAUGAUGGCCUUCACGGCCAUGAUGGAAGGAGGCGAGUUCGGCGACAGCAUCAACCUUUUUGGAAUGUACACAGUCGGUAGCACCAUGUCCCGCCUCUCUGUAACCGGAGGCACCGGCAAGUUUAAGAACGCAUGUGGCUUCGCCGAGGUCCGGUCGCUCAUUCCUGCUGGCCAGCAUGUUGCUGAUGGAGUGGAGUCGUUGUUGAGGAUCACUCUCCAUCUCACUUACUGAUAUCAUGCUCUUUCUUGGAAUGCCUUAUUCUUGAUCAUCAUUGCAUGAUCAUUUAUCCAGUUCAGUUGAAUGAUCAUCAUUCGAUAUCAA